CGGCAACAGUACAGUGCACUGCGCCGCUAUCUACGGACACCAGUAACGUAUAAAUGUGAUGUAAUUGUUGGUUUUCAAAUGGCAUCGGAUUUCGUGAAGCGUUUUGUGGAUGUCGAUGAUAAAGUGUUCUUGGUGACCGGUGGUGCGGCCGGCGUAGGCGCUGGCUUGGUCAAGGCGUUGCUGUUCGAAAACGCACGGCACGUCGCGUUUCUAGAUGUCGCUGACCGAGAAGGGGCCGCCCUGGAGGCCCAACUUAUAAUCAAGUUCGGUGCCUUGAGAGUGAAGUUCAUAAAGUGCGACGUAGGAGACGAACGUCAACUCGCUUCUGCAUACAAACAAGUGUUGGACAAAUACAAAAGGCUUGACGGCGUCAUAAACAGCGCUGCAGUACUUAGCGUCGAUGAUAACUCUUUCAACAGAAUGAUUGAUAUCAAUUUUACGGGCACAGUGAAUAGUACUCUGAAAGCGCUCGAUAUUAUGGGGGCAGAUAAAGGCGGUUCUGGCGGUGUUAUAGUGAAUAUAUCGUCCCUACUUGCUCUUAAUCUCACCAGCCAUUUACCUGUUUACGCCGCUACUAAAGCAGCGGUAUUACAGUUCAGCAUUAGAAUGGGCACGCAGGAACAAUUUACCCGGACUAAAGUACGGGUAUUGUCCGUAUGCCUCGGGCCCACUGACACUGCAAUCCUUUACAAGAACAACUUAACCAAGUUUGAUACAGAGUACGCUCCGUGUUUGUCUUCGCGUGCCCCCGUGAGACAAAGAGUCGAGUCAGCUGUUAAGGGUAUUUUGGAGGUGAUCAACAAAGCGAGCACCGGAGAUACGUGGAUCGUGGAAAGCGACAAACCGGCUUACGAUUUUACUCAAAAUAUAUCCGAAGCCUUCCAAAUACUCUCCAAGACAUAGAUUUACGAGUUAUUAUAAAUCGGCUAUACGGCGAAAUCGAUUCUGAGGCUUCCUACGCAAAGCUAAUAUUUUCUUUGAUGCUAUAUUCUCUAUUUAUGUAAGAUAUUCGAUAGGUAAAUAUUGUGAAUCGUAUUGUUAUUGGAUUUUGUAUUAAACGUUUAUUUUAUAU